UGGGAUACAACAGAGUUAGCACAACAUGGGGAUUUCUUCUUUAUAUCUUCAAAGCUGUCAGUGUGCUUUUGGUCUUUCAGAGAAGAGUGAAUUUUGUCAUUUUUGCCACAGCAGGAUAUUUCUUAACUCCACUGCAUCCGCAUCUAGACGCAUGUCUUCUUUACAAAAGGAUGGGAAGCUCUUCACCAAUGCCUGAGGCCUUGUUUCUGAAGAGCAUAACCGGAUACAGACAGUCACGCUUCUGCACAGUAAAGGAAUUAUUGCUUUUUAUGUGUGUUUUAAAUCUGUUUAUAUUUUACAGUUUUUUCCUUAUAAAUGUCAAACUAAACUCAGAAGACAAACAUCAGAGUUAACCAAAAAAAUUCUACUCCGGCACUGCUGACGGAUAAGAAAUGAAGGCAUAUGAAAGGAUGGUGAAACAUUUGUUUGGGUAUCAAAAUGGCAGGGCCAGCUUUUUGUCCCAAAAAUCCGAAACAUAUUAACAGGGAUGAACAAAACUUUCCUGAGGGAUUUCAGGAGUUCUCCAAAUGUCUUUCAUGUAAUAAAAAUAAUGACGAGACCAUGAUCCUCCCAUGUUCUCAUACCAUGUGUGUUCAAUGCAUAUCAACUGAAGGGGAGAAGAGGUCAGGUCAGUCUAUCCGCUAUGAUCCGAAGACCCGUGGCUGCUCAGUGUUGUGUCCAUUAUGUCUGUAUGAUGUGGAGCUGCCAUGUAGAUCGUGGUCAUCUGCUGUAUCCUGUCUCCCAAAAUAUCCUACUAUUAAAUUUGAAUGUGUCAGUCAGGUGACUGGCAGACACGAGGGAGCAUCUGAACCAAACCAUCCACCACGAUUUUUGCAAGGGGACUUCUGCACUGUUGCUGCUUUUGAAGAGACAGAACAAUGUUCCAGUGCUUGCAGUUUUACCAUAUCACCAAAGGAGGGCAAUAUAGAACUAGAGGAGGAUAAAAUGGAGCAGUCUGUUAAUGGUUUACAUUUUGCUCUCGACCCAGUAACUGCACCCCCUUCUCUUCAUCUUUCCAAUUCCUGCCUCACUGUUACUUACCAAGAAGCAAUCCCACUUGGUCCACUUCCAAAUAACGUCAGGAGGCUGAUGACGACCUCUGACCCCAGGGUGAUGGAUUACCUCCCUCAAGUUUGUGCUGAUGUUGUCAUUGCACAGGGGCAGUAUUACUGGGAAGUGGAGGUCUGCAACAGUUCUCUCUACAAAAUUGGUGUGACCUCCUUGGAUGGUCAAGAAGGCUGGUGGCUAGAAAGACAGGGUUUUUCAUUUUGCACAGUUUAUGAUGGAAGAAAAGAGUUGCUCAACACUGUCCCCCCUCAAAUCAAAACCAUUGGACUGUUUCUUAAUUUUGGAGGGGGAGCUCUUAGUUUCCAUAACCCUGUAACCCAGGAGCAUCUCGUAACCCUGCCUACCCACUUCAAUCCAUCAGGAGUGUUGCCAACACUGGGCCUGGGUCAGGGGUGGCUAAAAUUGCGUUGUGGCCUUCCCCCUCCUCUCUAUGUUUUUCUCAGUAAAAAUUCAGCCUAUAGAGGGCCCUGUGGACCCAGUAGAGGCCUGUGGCAGAGGGAUAUUCCUUUCCAGUCAGUGCGUAAAUUUAUACAGAAGUUUGAGGAGUUGUCAGCAUCAAACCUUGCCCUAAACCCUAGUUUUGGAUCAUCCAGUUCCUGAGCAUUCUUUCGGACAGAUCCCUCUAGGCAUAUAGAUGGAAAACCGUCAAUGAAAAGACAAUCAUACUCUGCAUAUCAGGAAUUCACUGACAGACCAACAAAUCCUCAGGAAGGCUUGAUCUAUGGAUACUAUUUGAAAGGCAAAUGUUCCAUCGUGAAGGAUUUUGCCUCCUACCAUUCUCUUUGUGACCCCAGAACUAUAAUUGACUCUCUCCCCAGGACACAGUUCUUUCCCCCAAUCACACAACCCCGCUCUGCUGGGUUUGGGCGAAAUGAGUCCUCAAUACUGUAACGUGUGAGGAAAGGGUGGGAUUUUACCAGUGUGACUUCUUAAUUUGGCUCUGUGUGACAUUUGUCAGACAGUAGGGGUCUUUACACUAUCAACACAACUCUCUAUAGGCCAACUUGGGCAUGAGCUAUUCUACCAUAAUUGUUAAUUGUGUGCUUUUGCCACUUUGUUCCUACAUUGCUGGGGUGUAAACAGUUUGACAUAAUGCGUAAGCAGGGAGAGGUGAGACAAGAGAGGUGUGAGUACAGUGGCACCCAUGGUGUCAACUCAGAGCAAAACGGACAGGUGGCACUCCACGUUGAUCCCACGCUCUGCCUCCGAUCAGAUAGUAGGCUGCCCUUUUUUGACCCUUUGAAAGCCACAGGACUCCCAAAAAGUUCAAAAGGGACAGCAUUGUGGAAGAAAACGGGGGGCGGGGACAGCAUGCAUGAAUUAAAGACAGCAGGUGACGGUAAAAAAAGGAAUGAACUGAGGGAGGAUUUCCAACUAUAGCUCUCAAGCCAAGAAUCCCUGAAUAGAUCAAAUGUCUUCGUCUGAGAGUUAAAAUGUGCACUGGGUUGCACUAACUACUAAAAUUAAUCUGAAAUACAGUCAGAGCUGACAGUAUGUAAACUUAAGUGUUUACUUUACUCAUUUUUUCAUUAAAAACAUGUUUUCAAAUAUAUGUACUGAGGUGGGUAGAGUAGCCAAAAAUUUUACUCAAGUAAGAGUAGUGUUACUUCAAAAUAAUAGGACAAAAGUAAAAGUAGUUGUCCAAAAAAAUGCAGUCAAGUACAAGUAAAAAAGUAUUUGGUGAAAAGAAUAAUCAUGCAAUUAGUAAGAAUGUGCGUAACUUCUUACGAUAUAUUAAAUUUUUUUUAUAACAAUGUUUAUUUUUUUCUCAGCACAAAAUCAUCUAUAUGAACUGUUAUUACCAUACUUUAAAGAAGAACUUCAGAAGAUGAUCAACUUUAUACAUACAGCCCUUUACAAAAACCUUUGAGAAAUCCUUAAAGAGCAUACGACAUGAGAAAAAAAGUCUUAAAUGGCAUUAUUAUGUGAAUUAGAAUCAUAUUUUGAGACGAUUCGACUAUAUACAACAAUUUAGCAAAGCGCAGAUGACGAGAAAUUAGUCUUUUAAUCUGCUGAUUAGCCACGCCUACCAUUAUAGGGCUUUAGCGUCCCCAACAGGUGGAUGACGUCAGCGGUAGACUGGGCUCAUCGGUUUUACUAUUCAGCCCAUUGAGGGGGAAUUAUUCAGAACGAGGAAAACGCGACGAAGAGAGCCGCAAAACGUCAUUGUUUCAGUCUCUCUACUCCAAUAUUUUUACAGGAUAUUCUUUUUAUCCAAGUAUUUAUCCCCAAUAGCUAUAUAAAUGGCUUGACAAGGACCAGUCAGCCCGUCGAGGGGGAACUAUUCACAAUGAGGAAAACGCGGCGAAGAGAGCUGCAAAAUGUCAUUGUUUCUGUCUCUUUACUUCAAUAUUUUUACAAGAUAUUCUUUUUAUCCAAGUAUUUUUCCCAAUUGCUAAAUAAACGGCAUGGUCAUGACAAAUAACAGUCUUGUGCUAAAUGAAAUAUGAAAUAAUAAAAAUGCAUUUAUUCAGGACGACAUGGCAAAAUUACUCCAUCAUGGUCAAAACUGUUGACUUCACCUUUACUGUCGCACCUCCCGAACGAUAUUUUAUGACACCUAAAUCGGACAUACUGUAUGUCAUUUCCCUUCCCCGGCUUUGGAGAAUGUAAACAAACCAAAAGGCGUGACAGCUAGCCGACAUGCUAACCCGAACCGAGUAAUGUUUCAAAGUCUUCGAAGCGGAAAAUCACACAUAACUCGCCUGGAUUAUUUGACAUGAUGACUGAGUUGUCGAUUGUCUUCGCGGAUCGGCAAACCGCCCGGUGGAGAGCAAUUUACAGUUCGUUCC